ACCUUGUUAUCAGUGUCAUGCCCAGUGAGUGUUCGUUCUCUACCAUGAAAGCUGCCCAUUUUCAUAAAUUCCGGCCGAGUUGUUAAUUGUUAUUCAAUCAGAAUUUCAAAUUCGGUGGAGUUUUUAGUAAAUUAGAACUCUUCCACUCCGAAUAUAUUGCCUCAAAAAGCUAGAAAGGAGAAUCUGCCGACAUUCGUUGCAGCCGCCAGCCGGCGCUAUUUGGCUCUUUUUCUCCCUCCCAUCCACAAAGAACAUAUUUAUUCCGUCAAACCUCAAUAUAAUUCCCCUGCAAUUUCGAUAGUACGGCGGUUCCUGGGAGUGCGGAGAAAUGGGCAAUUCCUUGAAGGAAUUCUGGAACAAGAAGACAUUGUUGGGUCUGGGCUUGGGACAGUUCCUGUCUCUUCUAGUCACUUCUACUGGCUUCCUAUCCUCUGAUCUCGCCAGAAAAGGAAUUAACGCCCCCACUUCUCAGUCUUUCCUAAAUUAUGUGCUCUUGGCCUUAUUCUAUGGAGGAGUCAUGAUUUACCGAAAGAAGCCGCUCAAGGCAAAGUGGUAUUAUUAUGUUAUUCUUGGGUUGGUUGAUGUAGAGGCUAAUUUUCUCGUGGUGAAAUCUUAUCAAUACACAUCCCUAACGAGUGUCAUGCUAUUGGAUUGUUGGGCAAUUCCAUGUGUUAUGCUUUUCACUUGGAUUUUCUUGAAGACAAAAUACAAAAUUGGAAAGUUCAUUGGUGUUUUUGUUUGCGUUGCUGGUCUUGUACUGGUCAUCUUCUCAGAUGUACAUGCAGCGGAUCGAUCAAGUGGGAGCAACCCUCUCAAGGGAGAUUUACUUAUACUUGCUGGAGCCACAUUGUAUGCUGUGAGUAAUGUCAGUGAGGAAUUUUUUGUUAGAAGUGCUGAUAUGGUUGAACUCAUGGCAUUUUUGGGUCUCUUUGGUGCCAUUGUCAGUGCAUGCCAAAUAGGCAUACUUGAGCGCAGUGAAUUGAAAUCUAUUCAUUGGACAGCAGGAUCGACACUUCCUUUUAUUGGAUUUUCUCUGGCAAUGUUUUUCUUUUACUCAGGUGUUCCCAUCUUACUCAAGAUUAGUGGCUCAACAAUGCUGAACCUGUCCUUGCUAACAUCAGACAUGUGGGCCGUUUUUAUUCGCAUUUUUGCAUAUCAUGAGAAGGUUGAUUGGAUGUACUUUGUAGCUUUUGCUGCUGUUGCUGUUGGGCUCAUUGUUUAUUCUGGGGCUGAUAAAGAGGCUGAAGUUGCCGAACUGCGCAAACCAUUAGACGAGGGGGCCGGUUUGGACAACGGCACCCAGAAAGGUGCUGGAUUCAGGGGUAAGCAGGAAUCUGGUGCCUCAAGCAGGGAUCAUUAGGUGCUUGAAGCAAUGUAGAUACCAUAAACGAUACCCCCGAGGGAAUAAGUCAGAUGUUGAAAUUUUGCCUUAAUUCUUUAGAAGUUUAGAGUUUAGGACUUUAGGCCUAUUGAUUUUUGCUCUUCCAUCCAUCUUUGUAGAGAAAAUGUAUCAAGAUGGGCUAAAAAGCAUAAGUAUUAUCAAACUACCCUUUUCUGUUUCUGAAAUAUAAUAGAAUUUUUUGAAAUGGCAUAAAACUGAG